GGCCUAUCCAGGUGUGGUAUUAUACUAAAGAUUAUCUGAUAAUUCAGAAAUCAUUUGCAAAUAUAAAUUGGCAUACAAUCAAAACAUAGCUUGUAGUAUACCGAAAUAGGCUGGUCUGUAAACAUGAAACUGUUACUGGUGGUAGCAGCCGUGGCGGCCGUAUGCGCCGGUAGUGCGAUCCCAACGAUCCCGGGCGACAACAGCCACUACGUGGAGGGGGUGAGCCGUUACAUCUGGAUGCCGGACGGCGAGGGGAGGCCAGUACUCGUAGACCUGGACGAGCCCGUCGACCAGGAACUGCUGAGGGAGGCCAGGAAUGGAGCCAACAACCAGUACUGGCUUUACACCAGGAGGAACCGUCAGAACCACCAGCUGCUGGUCAACGGGAACGCCAACAGCAUCAACAACUCCAACUUCGUCCGCGGCCGCCCCAUCAAGGUCAUCGUGCACGGCUGGAACAACAACGGACGCAGUGAUGUCAACACCCUUGUGACUGCUGCAUUCCUCGACGUCCAAGACUGCAACGUGAUCGUGGUAGACUGGAGCCGCCUGGCCAGUGGCACCUACAACAGCGCAGCCAAUGGCGUCCCCGAUAUCGGCCGCCAUCUUGGAAACUUCCUCGUGUGGCUCGUCGGCCAGACCGGGUCCAACUGGAACAACGUCCACUUGGUCGGGUUCAGUCUGGGCGCUCACGUGGUCGGCAACGCUGGACGUACUGCCGGCAGGAGGCCUAGGAGGAUUACAGGUUUGGACCCGGCCGGUCCCCGUUGGGGAGGCAACAACAACGCACUGAACCGCAACGACGGUCAAUACGUCGAAGCCAUCCACACUGACGGCGGUCUGCUGGGCAUCAUGGACUCCAUCGGCAACGCUGACUUCUACCCCAACGGAGGCAGGAACCCCCAGCCCGGCUGCCGCAUCAGCACAUGCUCCCACGGACGCUCGUACGAAUUCUUCGCGUCAACGGUCAGAAACAACCACUUGCAAGGACGCAAGUGCCCCAACAUCUGGGAGGCGGAGCUCGGCACCUGCAGCGGGUCGACUAUGCGCAUGGGCAACGCUGACCUGAACAAGAAGGGUGACGGUCUCUACGCCCUGCGGACUGGAAGCAGCUUCCCUUUCUAAACAAACCAAACGGAUGACGUGAUGAUAAUGAAGCAACACACCGAGUAAUAUAA